AUGGCAAGGGGGGUUCCCUGUGCCCUGGUGCUGCUGCUGGCCCUGCAGUGCGGCUCUGGGUGGGCCGGGGAGUACUGCCACGGCUGGGCCGGCAGCCCCCAGCGCUGGCACCGCGGCUUCCAGUGCCCCGAGCGCUACGAUGGCCCAGAAGCCACACUGUGCUGUGGGACCUGCAGCCUGCGCUACUGCUGCUCGGCCAGAGAGGCCCGCCUGGACCAGGGCCGCUGUCCUGGUGACCAGCAACAGCCCAGCCCCAGGCCUCCAGUGCCAGUGCCCGUAUACCUGCCAUUCCUUCUCGUUGGGUCUGUAUUCGUGGCGUUUGUUGUUGGUGGUGCCUGUGUGGGAAUUUGCUGCUGCAAAUGCCUGAAAUCGCAGGAUGAGGGGCAGCAAAGUGGACUUGCACCUGGCCAGGCUUGGCUACUGGAACCUGAGCUCCCCUCUCGCCUCUCCAGCUCCAGUUCUGCCACCAGAAGCUCCCCGAGCAGCGGUCCUCAGGCCAGCAGCAUCUGCAUGACUCUAGCUCCGUCCCUGCCUGUUCUUGGGUUGGCAGAGGAUGCUCACUUCUUAAAUCCCCCACCUACUAGUGGGCAGCUCUUGCACCCUUCCCAUGCUAACCACAGAAUACCAACUGAUCACAUCGCAAUAAUGGCUCCAGCAUUUCCACCUUUUCUUAAAAGAACAAUUUAUGGACACGGUGCUAACACAACCCCUCUUGGGGUAACACAUGGUGAUCAAAUUAUGUACUCGGGAGUUCAUGUCUGA